GCCACUGUAGCUUGCUCCCCAAGGCUCAAAUUCACUUCAGGACGGGACGGCCCUGUGGCACCCUGAGCUGGGAUUAACAAGCAGAGAGCAGUUGGUCCUGACAGCCACUCACUGAAGUUUGACCAAUAAAACACAAACAACAUCUACCUAACACUUAACACUUCAGUGUGAAAUGCUGAUGGAAAUCAACUACAGCAACGGGCUGGAGUCUGACCUUUCCCAGCCAUAUCCUCCGCCCUUAUUGCCAAAGCCGGGAAAAGACAACGCAAGACUUCAGAAACUCAAGAAGAAGAGAGCCAAGAAAAAAGGCAGCCUCACACAGACGCCAAUCCCCUUUCGCUCCUGUUUGUCGCCUGUCAACGAAGCAAGCACAGACCUCGAACACAGCGACCAGUCUAGCCCACCAAAGACACCAGAUUCAGUCUACAUUGCUGAUUCAUCUGUUUUUGGUUUUCCCUUUGGUUCCCUUUAUAGUUACUCUCCAUCUGCAUUCCCUCAUUCUCAGAGUAUCUCGUAUGGCCAAACUGGUGGCUUCCCUCCUCAGCCCCUUGCAGCUCAGAUCAGGACAGUAGACGAGCAGGUAGCUCCGCUGUAUGAGUGCUCCUCUUUCUUAUUUGACGAUGCUACUCCUUUUACAAUGCCACCUUUGAGUCCACCAGCCCUCUUGCCACCCGAUAAGCCUAAAACGUCACUUCUUUCUUCUACUGUCAAUGUAAACAUGACACAAAAUUCCCAUGGGUCAGCCACAACAGUCCCUCCAGUCACUAUGUUGCAGUCCAGCCCUAAAAUAUCAACUCAUGGCUUGACCCUCUCCCCAGCUGCCACCCACUAUGGCCCAGACCUGGCACCUCCUCAAGCUGCAGAACAACCUUCUGUUCCAGUGCUGAGAUCAAUUUACAACAGUCACACACAACCUUUUAUUUCGAGCCAGAGGGAGAACGAUACUGGUUCAAAGGACAACCCUCAGAGCCAGAUAUCGUCUUGGACCGCCAGACCUACCAGUAAUAGCCACUUUGUUCCAAGCCACAUGUCUCCUGAAGUAACCGCCUCAAAAAUAUCACUUGUUGAAGCAGUGAAAGAGCCAAAGCCUGAAGUCACACAAACUAGGAUUUAUACAUCAAAGGCAACAUUUUAUGAAAUUUCUAAACCUUCCUCCAUCCAAGACCUCACAGCAAUACAUUCAGCUUACCAUGGUGCACAAUUAUCUGCCACAUUCAAGGAGAAAACAGCUGUGUCAGUGGUGAAAACAGAGGAGAACACAUCAUUUUCUAGGACACAGCACGGAAGACCCAAGACUCCCUCUUGCAUGCCAAAUCGAGUAUCCACACCCAUUUUUGAAAUAUCAAAACCUAACCCGCUUUUAUUUGCCGCAAGUCCUGCAUUCAGCUCUUCUGAAGAUAUGCAAGUACCUGCUCUCCCCAAGGAGGCUCCAAGACACAAUUCAGUGAUUCACACUAGUGCUAUAAGUAAACCCCCAGCUGCCACAGAAGAACAAAGGCAGACUCAUAAUAAUAACAUGUCUGCUUUCAAGCAAGCCAGCAAUUACAAAGAGGUAGACAUUCAUACCCAGAGGAGUUCUAUAAAUUUAAGUGUUGGCAGUUCAGAGCUGUGCCAUAGAGAGAAAAUGACUGUACCUAACAUCCCCAUGGUCAAACCAACACCAACAGGACUUGUCACUCCAAAACAAAAUGCAGGACACUUUUCUGGAAAUGAAGCUUUGUCUUUGCCAAAGAUUCCAUCAUUUCUUUACGUGCCAAAGACUCCUAACCCUACACCAGUGACAUCAGUCCAAAUACCACCGUGUUCCAGCCCAGUGUCCACCACCUAUCGCCCUCCUGUCAUCGAGGCACGCAAGUCUUUGACAUCACUGCUGGAGAGUCAAAUGUCAUUAGCAAAUUCAAAGCCCAAAUCACGAUCUACAUAUUAUGGGCUGACUCCAGCUGAAUAUGCUGCCUAUGGUGGAAUUAGGACUAUCACAUCACAUCACAGCCAUGUAUCCCCGAGGAAUAAUGAAAGCUUUGCCGAUAAACUACACUCAGAUGUAUGCAUAGAUGGCUCAGAUAUCUCAAAGCCAGAAAAACAGCUCAAUGGACAUGAGGUUCUGCCCUCUUCAGUUCACAGUUUACAACCUGUGUCAUCAUCAAACAAUUCUGAACAUGCAGCUGAACAGGUUAUAUCUUGUAGGAAAGAUGUCUUUGAGGAAAAUUGGUCUGAAGCUCACAGUAAUGGAAUGCAAUCACUUAAAACAUCUAACGUGGACACAGUAAAACCUGAGAUUCCCCUUGGCUUGGCACAGAAAACAAUACAACAAUCCCCAAGUGAUGUAUCCACACCAAAAGCCUCAUACUCUGAGGCUCCAAUACCAAUACCUAAAGCAGGUGAGGUACUCACACAAAGUGUGGCACAGUUUUCUGUAGAGGCAGCACUAAAAUGCCUCACUGAUAACAAUGGUUUGUCAAGUUCUUCCUCAGCCUUAACUAAAAUACAUCUAAAUGCAGAAACACACCCUGAAGCAAAACUGGUACAUUUUAUAGAAAAUGGUUACAAGCCCAAUAAAACACCUCCAGUUUCACAGACUAAUAAAGGAGACCAGUCAGGAAAAACAGAGCUAGGUCCAGUCCAAACUUACGAAACUGCUGGUGGAGUCAGUUUGCCAAAUGUCCAAAUCAAUGCCAAGCCCGAGAAAAACCUGUCCGACUGUGAAAACCCAUUAGUUCAAUCUCCUCCCACACAGACAGAGUCCAAAUUCUCAGAAAGCGACAUAAUUAAUGAUGAGUUCAACUCAGGAAUGCAGCAGUCCAACAAAAUGUUGAUUAAAAUACCUGCCGAAGCCACACUACACAAACAAAGGGAAGAUGUCAAAAAGCAAACUAAAGUGUCCACUAAGACAAACAUUGGGAACAUUAUGCCUUUAAUGGCCGAAUGCAUCCCUGAUAUAUCAAUCAGUGAGCCCACUUUUUUAAAUAUGCACCCUAAGAAGACAGUUAUCACAGCCCCAAGAUCUAUGGUAUCCUAUGGGCCUGUCACAGCAUCUGUAUGUUCUGCCGAGUAUAGUAUCUACACACAACCUGUAGCUGACCAAAGACCCAAAUUUAUACAACCACCCAAAGCAGAAAUGCAGGUUUAUACACAUAAUCAACCAGUUGAAAAUAAGAGCUGUCUGCCCAUGUUAUCAAAUAUGUCUGCAAAUACAGAACCAAACCCUCCUGCCCUACAUACCGCCAUAAUUCAGUCACCCAAGAUUUCAAACAAAAACCCUUUAAAAUCAGACUCAUUCAAUGUGCCAGCAAAAGAGCCUCAAAAGCUAACAAAUAUUAGCAAAAAUAUAAACACACAGACUAUAGAAUCCAGUAAUCAAAGUAAUGUUGUUCAAGGGAUACGUUUUUACACAAACUCUAGCAGAGUAAUUGCUCAACAAGCAACUGAAAUCGUUCUUAAUACUAAAGAUGGAGUAAUAUCAAGCCAAGCAAAUACAGAACCCAAACUGACAAAUUAUAUUAAUACUGAUGCUAACAGAGACAAAAACUCAGCAGUUGACAAAGUACAUCCACAGGCCAUCACUGAGAGAGAAGGUUUAUUAACUGAUAAUAUGGCAAUAGAAUGUCUUUCCACUACAAUUUCCAAAACAGAAAACAUGCAAGAAAAUUGUGAGUUUGAAACAAAACAAGCUGCUCCUAGUCUUUCAAAAGGGACCACAGCGGUUAGCAUACCCUUAAAUGAAAACAAACUAGCCAGCAAACCAAAUGCAAACUCUUUCACAGAUGCAGUUCCACCAAGAUUAUUAAGAAAUCUGGAGGCAAUUCAACGGGAAAAGACACAGUCAAACAAUUUCCAGAACAGCAAUACUCAGUUUAUUCCUCCUGCUGAAACCAAAGUCCCCAACAGGCUUAACAUGGAAACUGCCCUGCCAAUAACGGCAGAUGCAGAAGUGAGUGGUAAUCCAAUAUUUAAUGCUUCACAAGCUGGUAAGCAAACAUUGCCUCCUAGCCCUACAAUGAGGCAUAUGAUACCAAAAGGCCCUCAGAUGAAAAAUGACAGAUCUGAGAGUCUAUCUUCAAUAAAGCCAGUCAUGAAUACUUCUCUUUGUGGCUCUGUUGAUGGUAACCAGUUUGGCAAAUCAUCUGACACACCUGAACAACAAAUUGCUACUAGAAACCAUGUGAAUAAACAAGUCUCUUCCAGCGAGCCAGUUAUAAGCAAUAAAUCUUCAGCAACUCCACCUAGAAAACUGAAAAACUCUAAAAUAUCUAUGGAUACAACAACUUCCCUUUGUACUGUUCAUACUGCACCAUAUUGCGCAUCUAUGGAGCAGCAAACUACACAACUGGCAAGAUCUAGUCAAAUUAUUGGAAAUAAUGCUCAGACUGUGAAUUCAGUGGGCUCUCAGACUCUACUGAAACAACUUAGUUCUGCCACUGAAACAAACAAAUCAAUAGAAACUAACAUGUGUGUUGUAAAUUCUCCUAUAAUAUCUUAUGGUGCUUCAAAUAAACAGCCUGCUACAAAUUUUCAAUGGUUCAAUGAAGCCACCAGUAAUUUAAAAGUCCCGCAUAGCCCCAAUACAGCAACUAAACCUUCCCCUCUACCAGAGAGAAGAGUGUGUAAUACACCUAAACAAUCAUGUACUCCUACCAUACCCCUGUCCCCUCAAAGCUCUGUGACGUUAAACCAUGUGACAGAAAUAAACCCCUCUACUACCAUAAUGAACGAUCAGAUAAACCCUCCAAUUACAGCUUUUCAAAAUAAUACACCUACUAGAACCACCGAGCCAUUUGCUAUCUUAGAGAAUACCUCAAAAACAGAAAUAAAACCCCUUAGAACUAAUGAUACUUCAGCCACUGAGGUAAAAAUAAACUCCCCAAUUCAACACAAUAAAAUUUCAGCUCAAGAUGUAAAACUCCCCCAACUAAGCACUGACGCUAGUAUUCUCACCCAUCACAGCUAUUCUUCGCUGCUUAGUGGACCUAGAGCAGAAGCAAAACCUCCCAUUAAGCAGGUCGGUCUUGGGUCUCCAAGACAGUCCUCAGAUGUACAAAUAGAAUCCUCAAAGUGUCCCCAGUAUGUGGCUCAGGUUAGCUCACCAACUAUUAGUGUUCAUUCUAUAACAGAGCAACUUGUAGAGAGCAUUUCCCCUACAAAUCCAGCAACAGAUACUGUCAUGAAACCACCCAUGAUUAAAGCCGAUGUGAUUGAUUCUGCCACUCCUGCCUCUCUGCCUCAGGCCUCAAUCUCAGUAAAAGCUCCAUCCCCAAACAGAGGAACGUCACCGCUAUCUCAGCAAAAAACUGGACUCAAAGGCAAGGAUGUUCUCAAGUCCAAACCAGCUGCACCAACAGGAACCCCGAUAGUCGAAGCCUCCACGAAGUCAGUGACAUCAACUGCAUCUUCAAUUGCUGACAAGAAGCCUGUUGCAGCAGAAAAAUCUCCUUCAUCCAGUGAGCAGAAAGCAGCCCAGAAGCCAAAAGGCCUUAAGAGUAAGCUUAGUGGUUGGACACGACUGAAGAAGCACAUGGUCGUUGAGCCAGAGGAACCCCAGUUUCCAGAGCCAGAGGCUAAACCUCAGGUUAAUUCCAGUGGCAGCAAUAAGAAAAUAGAACAAAUUGAUAACAAGUUGACAGCAGACCAACAUGAUCAGGAGGUAGCUACGAACAAAGAAGGUCCUAAAGCACUGAAGAUGUGGGAUGCACUCCUCUUUCAGAUGUUCUCCACUAAAGAGCGAAUUAUGCACCAGAUCAACGCCAACAAGACUGAUUCAGACAAGAAAAAGUCUGCUAAAGAUAAUCAGGCAGAGGUUCCUUCAUUUGUCAAUCGUCUCCCAAUUUUACUGUACAGCCCUCGAUUUGACGCCAGGAAGCUGAAAGAAGCAGUGGAGAAGCCACUCACAAAAAUAGCAGCAGUGUUUGAAAGGGGGCUGAUAAAACGGAAAUCUCAGGAGGAAGAACGGAAGGACUUCAACAGAACAGCCAAAGGAUUUGGUUCAACAAAAGCUGCAGAUAUGUAAUGAUGGAAAUGAUAAUGAUUUGAAAAUUAUAUAUCAAAUCGCUAAUUCAUAACUCAAUAGACAGAACACUGAAAGUGAUUUGAAAAAAACAAACAAAAACAAAACAUUGGCUGACUAUUCUUGGAAAGGUGAUGAAGGAUGCAAAAUGACAGCAACGCUGCAACAAGUGUUUGACCCAAGGCUGGAACUUUGUCAUUGACGUGGUGUAGUUUAAAGUAUAAAGGUAAAGAAAGUAAUGAAAAAGUAAAGAAAAAAAGAAAAGAAAUCCCUGCUACACAAUAGAUGUUUUCAAGUACUCUUAGUGGUGAAGAAGUGCAGGUUUACUUGACCAAAAAAGUAAACUUGACAAAAUAAAACAUAACGCAAAAAGGAGGAAAAAUAUUAAAGAAACACAUUAUAAAGUCUAAAUCUACUUGCUUAAAUUUUUCUUUUUUCAUUUGAUCGUGGGCUAGUUGGGAGUUUUAA